UUAGCGCGGUCACUCGAAUAUCUUGUCAAUAUAUUCAAAAAUCUGUGUUGGUGCAUGUACUUGCAUACCCGGAAAUAGUGUGAGUGGGUGGACCGGCCGGGUGAGAGAGAUAGAAUAGGAUUGUAUCGUUACAGUGUCACCCUCGCCACCCCGGGGGACCUCGAGUGGAAAUUCCAAUGAUUGUUUAAUCUUAUUUGCAACAGCGGUACAUAUGUUUUUAUUGAUGUUGGAUUAUUCGCCGUGGAAUGAUCAACCCUUGCGAUACGUUUUUUGGGCAUUUUUUCGUAAUUUUCGUGACGCAAAGGCACAUCAAAGUACAUAGAAAAAGGAGCUAAUAUGAGCGAAGUGGAGAAACGUGUCUAUCAUGAACUAAUCGAUUGCAGUUAUUUGAUUAUUUAAAUUGUUCUAAUCAAUUCAGUAAUAACAUAUUAGUCCAAUAAGAGAGAGGCGCGAUUCGAUUGAUUCACUGACACCUAAUGUCAUGACUUGAUGUCGAGAAUAAUAUAAUUCAAGAGAACACAAGUUAUUUAUGGGAAAACCUACAAACAAUGCAAUAUACUUUUAAUAUGUAAGAUAUAUCUUACAUAUGGCUAUAUAACCUAUAUUACAUUUUCGCACCCACUGUCCCAUGUCAUUCAAUAUCAAUAGAAGUAGUUGCGUUUGCGUUGUUGGUGUAAUGCGUUGUUGGUGUAAUUUGUAUCAAACCAACUGAAGGAUGACUGUCAAACUGGACUUUGAAGAGUGUCUCAAAGACUCCCCCCGAUUCAGGGCUGACAUUGAAGUGGUGGAAGGAGAUGUCAGUGAAUUGGAGACGCGAUUAGAAAAGCUGGUGAAGCAGUGCCACUCCAUGCUGGAGGCUGGCAGGGCCUACUGUCAGACCAGCAAGAGCUUUGUCACAGGGCUCAAAGAGCUGGGACACCACUGUUCUGGGGACAACAUGAUGGGGGAGUGUUUGGAGAAAUUCUCCCAGAAGCUGGAAGUGAUUCUGGAAGCUCAGGGGGACGUGAUUGAGACCACACAGAAGUCGGUGAAGUUGAAACUGCAGAGUUUUGUGAAAGAGGACGUGCGUCGGUUCAAGGAUUGCGUAAGGCUUUUUCUCUCUCCCUCUCAUACACAGCACACUCAACUAGUGUUGAAUUCCGCCAGGGAGAAGAGAGACAUGGAACAGAGACACGCUGCCAUUAAGAAAAAGGAUGUCUCCUAUGAUAACUCCUUAAUGGAUUUCUGUGCUGAUGCACCCAACGGUAUCGCCAUGGAGGGCUACCUGUAUAAGAGAGCUAGCAAUGCCUUCAAGACCUGGAGCAGGCGCUGGUUCUCUAUCCAGAAAAAUCAACUGGUCUAUCAGAAGAAAUUCAAGGAGCAGCCCACCGUGGUGAUGGAGGACCUGCGUCUGUGCACAGUGAAGGUCUGCGCUGACAACGAGAGACGAUUCUGCUUUGAGGUGGUCUCACCGUCCAAGAGCUGUCUGUUGCAGGCGGACUCAGAGCGUCAGCAGCAGGCCUGGAUCAGUGCUGUCCAGAACAGCAUAGCCUCAGCCUUCCAGGAACGCAGAGAAGACCCACACAGCCCAAGGGAGCGUUGCAGCUCAGUGUCGGGCAGCCCAGGAGGAGGGGUGUUUGGGGAUCAGGAGAAGACGGGGGGGCGCGAGGCUCUGGAUCAGGUCCAGGCCAUCCCGGGGAACAGGCAGUGCUGCGACUGUGGAGAGCCUGGUCCGGACUGGGCCUCUAUCAACCUGGGGAUCACCCUCUGUAUCGUCUGUUCCGGGAUACACAGGAGUCUGGGUGUCCACUUCUCCAAAGUACGCUCCCUCACCCUGGACUCCUGGGAACCAGAGCUGGUCAGGUUGAUGUGUGAGUUGGGGAACACAGCCAUCAACAGGAUCUACGAGGCGCGGAUUGAUGAGAUCACCAUCAAGAAACCCCACCCAUCCAGUCCAAGGUAUGAACUCUCAUCUUCAUUCCUCGGUGCUACAGGUGAUGAAACGUACCAGGACAUCUUCAGGGACUUCUCUCACAUGGCCUCUAACAACCCAGAGAAGCUCAAACGGCGCAGCACAGAUUUUAAGACUUGACCUACACCAACUGCUGUUUCUUUUACAUACUGUUGUUUUCCUUGUCUUACACACACACACGCACACAUUUGCUGGCCAUCUGCUCUGCGUUAGGUCGUAGCUCAGCUGGUCAUUACUCCUAGUAGAGCCUCCAGUCCCAACAGUAAUAUCUUUGUGUUUGGCUGCCAGAGGCGAACACUCAGGCUAAAUGGCUAUAUGUGGUUGUAGGAGAGAACAAGAUGUACAGCCUAAUAAUGUUAAAAACGUCCCAUUUUAAAUGAUUCAUUUCAUAAUUUAAUUUGCUUUCCCGUAGUCUUGGGGGCCAUCCGUCCUAAUCUCGUCUUGUUGACUCGGCUACAACUAGGUUUCCCAGAACUGGAACAAARAAAGUUGCCUUUUGUUGUUGUUUUGUAUGAAUUCUGAUUGAGCCUUCUCAAUGUACUGUACAAUGUGACAAAACAAAAUGAGAGAGCAAAGGGUCAGAUUGUUGUAUGUGCUCUUGUACKUCAUCAUUUCURAUGUGAUGUGYUUCUUUUUUCUUUUGUAUUGGCUGCCUGAGGUACCAGAGCUGUAUUUCGUACGGACGAUUAAAAUACCAGAGWUCAUUUAAUAUACCCAAUUAUCAAGCAGUAAAACACAUUUAAUUCACUGCAUCCUCCAGAAAUGUGUAGCAACCACUCAUAUAUCAUUAAAAUGUAUUGUGUUCAAUUCAGUGAUUCAUCCCUCAUCCAGACACGCAUUUAUGUCAAUAGUUGGAUUAUUGGUCUUCUCGACCAUACGGUUCCUAACCACAGGGGUAUUGACGAUCUAUAUCCACUAGGUGGCAACACCAUGUCAUUGCAGUAACCUCUGAACAACAGUUAACAAUAUUGAGGAGAAAAUAAACACUUUUUAUUAAAC